GCAGUGUGGGCGCGGCGCUGGGCGCUGGGCCAGCCAUGUCCGCGCUUCUGUGGCCUGCGGAGGCUGGGACCGUAGCAUGCAGUGAGCAGUCAGUAAAUGGUAGUGUUAUUUUUCAGACUUUGUACUAUCAGGAUAAAAAGCGAGAUAACGCAGCUCAGAGAAAACGGUUUUGAGAGGAGAUGUGGUCCAAAGUGAGCAGUUUUCUAAUCCACGGAACCCAGCAAAUUACCACUCAGUGGCUUAAACAGUACAAACCUGGAAACAGGGAUGAUGGCCCCUCUUCCUCUGCCUCCGCACUCAAGCGCCUGGAGCGCAGUCAGUGGACGGAUAAAAUGGAUUUGCGGUUCGGUUUUGAGAGGCUCAAGGAGCCUGGUGAGAAGACGGGCUGGCUCAUCAACAUGCACCCCACUGAAGUUUUAGAUGAAGAUAAACGCCUCAUCAGUGCAGUGGAUUACUACUUUAUUCAAGACGAUGGGAGCAGAUUUAAGGUGGCCUUGCCCUACAAGCCAUAUUUCUACAUUGCAACUAGAAAGGGCUGUGAGCGAGAAGUUUCAUCUUUUCUCUCCAAGAAGUUUCAGGGCAAAAUUGCUAAAGUAGAGACUGUCCCCAAAGAAGAUCUGGACUUGCCAAAUCACCUAGUGGGCUUGAAGCGGAAUUAUGUCAAGCUGUCCUUCAAUACCGUGGAGGACCUUGUCCGAGUGAGGAAGGAGAUCUCCCCCGCUGUGAAGAAGAACCGGGAGCAGAGCCACGCCAGAGACGCCUACACGGCUAUGCUCUCCAGCGUCCUGCAAGGGGGCGGGGCGAUCGUUGAUGAAGAGGAAACCUCUAAGAAGAUUGCCGACCAGCUGGACAACAUUGUUGACAUGCGAGAGUACGACGUGCCCUACCACAUCCGACUCUCCAUCGACCUGAAGAUCCACGUGGCUCAUUGGUACAACGUCAGAUUCCGAGGAAACGCCUUUCCAGUGGAGCUCACUCGCCGAGAUGACCUCGUUGAGCGACCUGAUCCUGUGGUUUUGGCAUUUGACAUUGAGACGACCAAACUGCCCCUCAAGUUUCCUGAUGCUGAGACUGACCAGAUUAUGAUGAUCUCCUAUAUGAUUGACGGUCAGGGCUACCUCAUCACCAAUAGGGAGAUUGUUGCAGAGGACAUUGAUGACUUCGAGUUCACCCCCAAGCCGGAAUAUGAAGGGCCCUUUUGUGUCUUCAAUGAACCCGAUGAGGUCCAUCUAAUCCAAAGGUGGUUUGAACAUGUGCAGGAAACCAGACCCACCAUCAUGGUCACCUACAACGGGGACUUUUUUGAUUGGCCAUUCGUGGAGGCCAGAGCGGCAGCCCAUGGACUGAGCAUGUACCAGGAGAUUGGGUUCCAGAAGGACAGCCAGGGGGAGUACAAGGCGCCCCAGUGCAUCCACAUGGACUGUCUCAGGUGGGUGAAGAGGGACAGUUACCUUCCUGUGGGCAGCCACAACCUCAAGGCAGCUGCCAAAGCCAAGCUGGGCUACGACCCUGUGGAGCUGGACCCCGAGGACAUGUGCCGAAUGGCCACCGAGCAGCCCCAGACUCUGGCUACGUAUUCGGUGUCAGACGCAGUGGCCACGUACUACCUAUACAUGAAGUACGUCCACCCCUUUAUAUUCGCCCUGUGCACCAUCAUCCCCAUGGAGCCCGAUGAGGUGCUGCGGAAGGGCUCCGGGACGCUCUGUGAGGCCUUACUGAUGGUGCAGGCCUUCCACGCCAACAUCGUCUUCCCCAACAAGCAGGAGCAGGAGUUCAACAAGCUCACGGAUGACGGCCACGUGCUGGACUCAGAGACCUACGUGGGUGGUCACGUGGAGGCCCUGGAGUCAGGCGUGUUCCGCAGUGACAUCCCCUGCCGGUUCAGGAUGAAUCCCGCUGCCUUUGACUUCCUGCUGCAGCGGGUGGAGAAGACCAUACGUCACGCCAUCGAGGAGGAGGAGAAGGUGCCCAUGGAGCAGGUCACCAACUUCCAAGAGGUGUGUGACCAGAUUAAGAACAAGCUCACCUCCCUGAGAGAUGUUCCUAACCGAAUCGAGUGUCCCCUGAUCUACCACCUGGACGUGGGGGCCAUGUACCCAAACAUCAUCCUGACGAAUCGCCUGCAGCCCUCUGCCAUGGUGGACGAGGCCACCUGUGCGGCCUGUGACUUCAACAAGCCAGGAGCAAACUGCCAGAGGAAGAUGGCCUGGCAGUGGAGGGGCGAGUUCAUGCCGGCCAGCCGCAGCGAGUACCAUCGGAUCCAGCACCAGCUGGAGUCGGAGAAGUUCCCGGCCUUGACCGCAGAGGGCCCCACCCGAGCCUUUCAUGAGCUGUCUCGUGAGGAGCAGGCUAAAUAUGAGAAGAGGAGGCUGGCAGAUUACUGCCGGAAGGCGUACAAGAAGAUCCACGUGACCAAGGUGGAGGAGCGCCUCACCACCAUCUGCCAGCGGGAGAACUCUUUCUACGUGGACACCGUGCGUGCCUUCCGGGACAGGCGCUACGAGUUCAAAGGGCUCCACAAGGUGUGGAAGAGGAAGCUCUGCGCGGCUGUGGAGGCGGGUGACGCGGCCGAGGUGAGGCGCUGCAAGAACAUGGAGGUGCUGUACGAGUCCCUGCAGCUGGCGCACAAGUGCAUCCUCAACUCCUUCUACGGCUACGUCAUGCGCAAAGGGGCCCGCUGGUACUCCAUGGAGAUGGCCGGCAUCGUCUGCUUCACGGGGGCCAGCAUCAUCACCCAGGCGCGGGAGCUGAUUGAGCAGAUAGGGAGGCCCUUGGAGCUGGACACAGAUGGAAUAUGGUGCGUCCUGCCUAACAGCUUCCCUGAAAACUUCGUUAUCAAGACAACUAGUGUGAAAAAGCCCAAGGUGACCAUCUCCUACCCUGGGGCCAUGUUAAACAUCAUGGUCAAGGAAGGAUUCACCAACGACCAGUACCAGGAGCUGGCUGAGCCUGCCUCUCUGACCUAUGUCACCCGCUCAGAGAACAGCAUCUUCUUUGAGGUUGACGGCCCCUACCUUGCCAUGAUCCUGCCAGCCUCCAAGGAAGAAGGCAAGAAACUGAAGAAGAGAUACGCUGUGUUCAAUGAGGACGGCUCCCUGGCCGAGCUGAAGGGCUUCGAGGUCAAACGCCGUGGGGAGCUGCAGCUGAUCAAGAUCUUCCAGUCCUCCGUGUUCGAGGCCUUCCUCAAGGGCAGCACCCUGGAGGAGGUGUACGGCUCUGUCGCCAAGGUGGCCGAUUACUGGCUGGACGUGCUAUACAGCAAGGCGGCCAACAUGCCUGAUGCCGAGCUGUUCGAGCUGAUCUCUGAGAACCGCUCCAUGUCAAGGAAGCUGGAAGAGUACGGGGAGCAGAAGUCCACGUCCAUCAGCACGGCCAAGCGUCUGGCCGAGUUCCUGGGAGAUCAGAUGGUGAAGGAUGCGGGGCUGAGCUGCCGCUACAUCAUCUCCCGGAAGCCCGAGGGGUCUCCGGUCACGGAGAGGGCCAUCCCACUCGCCAUCUUCCAAGCAGAGCCCACGGUGAGGAGGCACUUUCUCCGGAAAUGGCUGAAGAGUUCUUCCCUUCAAGACUUUGAUAUUCGGACAAUCCUGGACUGGGACUACUACAUUGAGCGGCUGGGGAGUGCCAUCCAGAAAAUCAUCACCAUUCCUGCGGCUCUGCAGCAGGUAAAGAACCCAGUGCCACGCGUCAGACACCCCGACUGGCUGCACAAAAAGCUGCUGGAAAAGAAUGACAUCUACAAGCAGAAGAAGAUCAGUGAGCUCUUUGUCCUUGAGGGCAGGAGACAGGUGAGUGUGGCCCAGGCUCUGGCAGGCACCCUGAGCCCUGGAGCUCCCGACAUGGAGGACUUUGGCCUCGCAAAGCCACCCCACUCAGCAGUCCCCGUCAGUACCAAGAGGAAGCGCAUCCUCUGGGAGAGCCAGGAGGAGUCUCAGGACCUGGGGCUGACGGUGCCCUGGCAAGAAGUCUUGGGGCGGCCUCCGGCCCUCGGGACCACCCAGGAAGAGUGGCUGGUCUGGCUCCGGUUCCACAAGAAGAAGUGGCAGCUGCAGGCCCGGCAGCGCCUCGCUCGCAGGAAGAGACAGCGCCUGGACACGGCAGAGGGCGCGCCACAGCCCGGGGCCGUCCGAGAGGGGCCUGCCACGGGGCUGGGGGGCUUCUUGCGAAGAACUGCCCGCAGCAUUCUGGACCUUCCGUGGCAGAUCGUGCAGAUCAGCGAGACCAGUCAAGCCGGCGCGUUCAGGCUGUGGGCUGUCAUCGGCAGCGACUUGUACUGCAUCAAGCUGAGCGUCCCCCGUGUGUUCUACGUGAACCAGCGGGUGCCCAAAGCGGAGGAGGGGCCUUCAUAUCGCAAGGUAAAUCGAGUCCUUCCUCGGUCCAACAUGGUCUAUAAUCUCUAUGAGUACUCGGUGCCUGAGGACAUGUACCAAGAACACAUCAACGAGAUCAAUACUGAGCUGUCGGCCCCAGACAUUGAGGGCGUGUACGAGACUCAGGUCCCGUUGCUGUUCCGGGCCCUGGUGCAGCUGGGUUGUGUGUGUGUGGUCAAUAAGCAACUGGCGAGGCACCUGUCGGGCUGGGAAACAGAGACCUUUGCUCUCGAGCACCUGGAGAUGCGCUCUCUGGCCCAGUUCAGCUACCUGGAGCCAGGGAGCAUCCGCCACAUCUACCUGUAUCAUCACACACAAGGCCACAAGGCACUCUUCGGCAUCUUCGUGCCCUCGCAGCGCAGGGCGACUGUGUUUGUGCUGGACACCGUGCGAAGCAACCAGAUGCCCAGCCUCAGCGCCCUGUACUCAGCCGAGCACAGCCUCCUGCUGGAGAGGGUGGGCCCCGAGCUGCUGCCGCCCCCCAAACACACGUUUGAAGUUCGGGCAGAAACUGACUUGAAGACUAUUUGCAGGGCCAUUCAGCGCUUUCUGCUGGCCUACAAGGAGGAGCGCCGUGGGCCCACACUUAUCGCCGUGCAGUCCAGCUGGGAGCUGAAGAGGCUGGCCGGCGAGGUUCCUGUCCUGGAGGAGUUCCCACUUGUGCCCAUCCGCGUGGCCAACAAGAUCAGCUAUGGAGUUCUGGACUGGCAGCGCCACGGGGCCCGGCACAUGAUCCGCCACUACCUCAACCUAGACACCUGCCUGUCACAGGCCUUCGAGAUGAGCAGGUACUUCCACAUCCCCAUCGGGAACCUGCCUGAGGACAUCUCCACCUUUGGCUCCGAUCUCUUCUUUGCCCGCCAUCUCCAGCGCCACAACCACCUGUUGUGGCUCUCCCCUACGUCACGCCCUGACCUGGGUGGGAAGGAAGCCGACGACAACCGCCUCGUCAUGGAAUUUGAAGACCAAGCCACCGUGGAGAUUAACAGUUCCGGCUGUUACUCUACAGUGUGCGUGGAGCUGGACAUUCAGAACUUGGCCGUCAACACCAUCCUGCAGUCUCACCAUGUCAAUGACAUGGAAGGGGCUGACAGCAUGGGCGUCAGCUUCGACGUGAUCCAGCAGGCCUCCCUGGAGGACAUGAUCACCGGCAACCAGGCUGCCAGCGCCCCGGCCAGCUAUGACGAGACGGCGCUCUGCUCCAGCACCUUCAGGGUCCUGAAGAGCAUGGUGGUGGGCUGGGUGAAGGAGAUCACACAGUACCGCAACGUCUAUGCCGACAACCAGGUGAUGCACUUCUACCGCUGGCUCCGGUCCCCGGCCUCGCUGCUGCACGACCCCGCCCUGCACCGCACGCUGCACAGCAUGAUGAAGAAGCUCUUCCUGCAGCUCAUUGCCGAGUUCAAGCGCCUGGGGUCGUCAGUGGUCUACGCCAACUUCAACCGCGUCGUGCUCUGCACCAAGAAGCGGCGGGUCGAAGACGCCGUCGCCUACGUGGAGUACAUCACCAGCAGCAUCCAUUCCAAAGAGAUCUUCCAUUCCUUGACGAUUUCUUUCUCUCGAUGCUGGGAGUUUCUUCUCUGGAUGGAUCCCUCUAACUAUGGUGGAAUCAAAGGGAACGUUCCAUCUAGCAUCCACUGUGGACAGCAGGACCCCCAAAACGAGGGCAAAGAGCAGGACGACGAGGACGGGGACGAGGACGGGGACGAGGACAGGGACGAGGACGAGGACAACAGUGGGCAGGAGCCUGAUGUGGAGGACUUGCUGGAAAACAACUGGAACGUCGUGCGGUUCCUGCCGCAGGCAGCCUCCUGCCAGAGUUACUUCCUCAUGAUAGUGUCAGCGUACAUCGUGGCCGUGUACCACAGCCUGCAGGAGGAGCUGGGGCGCAGUGCCCCGGGGAGCACCCCUGUAAGGAGGAGGGGCGCCAGCCAGCCAUCGCAGGAGGCCCAGGGGGCCGCUGGAGCCCUCCCCGGUGCCAUGUCCCUUGUCUUCCCAGGAGUGAUCACCUUCUCUCAAGAUUAUGUGGCAAAUGAGCUCACUCAGAACUUCUUCACCAUAACUCAGAAGAUUCGGAAGAAAGUCACGGGCUCGCGGAACUCGGCCGAGCUGUCGGCGCUGUUUCCUGUCCUCCCCGGUUCUCACUUGCCGCUCAAUAACCCUGCUCUGGAGUUCAUCAAAUACGUGUGUAAGGUGCUGUCUCUGGACACAAACAUCACAAAUCAGGUGAACAAGCUGAACCGGGACCUGCUCCGCCUGGUGGACGUGGGCGAGUUCUCCGAGGAGGCCCAGUUCCGAGACCCCUGCCGCUCCUACGUGCUCCCUGAGGUCAUCUGCCGCAGCUGUAACUUCUGCCAGGACCUGGACCUGUGCAGAGACCCCUCCGUCUCUCAGGACGGGGCUGUGCUGCCCCAGUGGCUCUGCUCCAACUGUCAAGCUGCCUACGACUCGUCCGUCAUCGAGGCAGCGCUGGUGGAGGCCCUGCAGAAGAAACUGAUGGCCUUCACCCUGCAGGACCUGGCCUGCCUGAGGUGCGGGGGCGUGAAGGAGACGCACAUGUCCGUGUACUGCACCUGCGCGGGGAGCUUCGCCCUCACCAUCCGCACCAAGGUCUUCAUGGAGCAGAUCGGAACCUUCCGGAACAUUGCCCAGCACUGUGGCAUGUCGUACCUUAUGGAGACCCUGGAGUGGCUGCUGCAGAGGAACCCCCAGCUGGGCCAUUAGCAAGCUGGCGCUGUCCCCACUCUCUGCCCCAGCUCCCCAAACUCGGGCACGUCCAGGAUGGGGAUAAGGAAGACAACCCCCCAGGAAGCGUUUGGGGAGCAGGUCACACUGCCGGACCCAGCUGGAGCAGGAAGUGGCCCCUGGGCCCAGCCCUGGUCAGGGCAGCUGUGGGCCGAGAGCAUCCAGUACAGGGCCCCGAGGCCUCAUUUCUCCCAGAAUGAACACGAGGGUCCCUGUGGUGCUGCACAGCCUGGCCUUCCCGCACCCCCACUGCCCUUGGGGGUCUUCUCUUUGAGCUGAGACGCUGAGGAUGGUUGGAGGCCAGACCCAGGGUGAGGUGAUGCUUAGUGACAGUCUGCAGCUCCAGCUGUCUAGUCACUUGUCACCACAGAAAACCAACAUCCCCCGCAGUGCGGGCCAGUUCCGGCCAUGCAGACCUGAACCCAUGGGGACCUGGGCGUCUCUGGUGACUCUAGUCGAAGCAGGGGCUGCAGGGGUGUCCCCAUCGGGCCGGGCGGAGGGCUGAGGAGCGUGGAGCUCAGGCCAGGCUUCUCAGACGGGCUUGGCAUGAGCCUUGAAGAGGGCUGUUUACCAUGGACUUCAACCACACGUGCAUGUUGGCGUCUGGAUUUCAGAAAAACACAUCCUCACCGCUGAGAUUUUAGGUUCCUUCCUUCAGUGGAGGGAGGGACUAGCAGCAGCGUUUCGGGUGGAGGCGGCCUCUGUCCUUGCUUCUCAAGCUUGGCGGCGGCCAAGGCCUGUGAUCCCGCGCUCGGAAACCCGAAACGGUGGACUCACAGGGAGCCCGGGCGGGCUGUGCGGCCCUCUGGUGGCCCUGUAGCCUAUUUUAAAUUCAUCUUUGCUAGCUAA